AUGUCGACGGAGCCGGGAACUGGAAAGGAGGCUAUCGUGGAGGCCGUUGUGACGGAGAAGGCACGGCCAUCUCCAUCAUCUGCUUCGUCCAGGACACAGAAUGGAGCGGACCUCGUCGAACAGGCACGGCGCAACAACCCCAAUGGCACCACUCGCGCCAUUGGCGGUGUCUCUGUUGAGCAGGCGGUGUCGGACUUUGCUCAGCUUCAACGGGAACUGUCGCAUAUGUCACGCGUCAGUCGUUCGUGCAGUCACGCCGAUGCCGAGAAGGGCAACGCCCAAAACCAGACCUCUUCAGAGACCUUUGAGCAGUUUGACCUGGAGGCGGCCCUCAGAGGUGACCUGGAUGCCGAAAGAGAGGCCGGUAUUCGUCCCAAGCACAUUGGGGUUUACUGGGACGAUUUGACGGUCAAGGGUAUCGGAGGCCAGACCAACUACGUCAAAACGUUCCCUGAUGCCUUCACCGACUUUUUCGACAUCAUCUCACCGGUGAGGAAGCUGCUGGGUUUUGAGGAGAAAGGAGUGGAGGCCACCUUGUUGGACGGGUUCAGGGGCUUUUGUAAACCGGGAGAGAUGGUACUGGUGCUUGGCAAGCCUGGAUCUGGGUGUACGACCUUCCUCAAGACGAUCGCCAACCAGCGUUAUGGCUACACGUCAAUCACCGGUGAGGUCCUCUACGGCCCUUUUGCCGUCGACGAAUUUGGUCCUUAUCGUGGAGAGGCUGUUUACAACGAGGAGGAUGAUGUUCACCACCCGACUCUCACCGUGGAGCAGACGCUCGGGUUUGCCCUUGAUGUCAAGACCCCAGGCAAACUGCCUGCUGGCAUCACCAAGCAGGAAUUCAAGGACAAGGUUGUGACCAUGCUCUUGAAGAUGUUCAACAUUGAACACACCCGCAAGACAAUUGUUGGCAACUCGUUUAUCCGUGGUGUUUCAGGCGGCGAAAGGAAGCGCGUUUCCAUUGCCGAAAUGCUCACUACCAAUGCCUGCAUUCUCUCUUGGGACAACAGCACCCGCGGCCUCGACGCCUCUACGGCUCUCGACUUCGUCAAAUCCCUCCGCAUUCAGACCGACCUGUACAAGACAAGCACAUUUGUCUCCCUUUACCAGGCAUCGGAGAACAUUUACAGCCUCUUUGACAAGGUCUUGGUUAUCGACGGGGGCAAGCAGGUGUACUUUGGUCCCGCAAAAGAUGCACGGUUGUACUUCGAGGGUCUCGGCUUCCUCCCCCGUCCCCGCCAGACCACCCCUGAUUAUGUGACGGGCUGCACCGACGCAUUCGAGCGCGAGUACCAGGAUGGCCGUUCACCUGAGAAUGCCCCUUACGACUCUCUCACCCUGAAAGCUGCCUUCAAGUCCUCCAAGUACGCCCAGGACCUCGAGCAAGAAAUGCUGUCCUACAAAGAAAGCCUCGCUCGCGAGACUGACAAACACGAAGACUUCCGCGUUGCUGUCCGCGACCAGAAGCGUCGUGGUGCCUCGAAGCGCUCCGCCUACAGCGUCGGCUUUCAUCAGCAAGUCUGGGCACUGAUGAAGAGGCAGUUUCUUCUCAAGCAGCAAGAUGUCCUGGCUCUCAUUUUGUCCUGGCUCCGUAACAUUAUCAUUGGCAUUGUUCUCGGUACUCUCUAUCUUAAUCUCGGCAAGACGUCUGCCAGCGCCUUCUCCAAGGGUGGCUUGAUGUUUAUUUCCCUUUUACAUAACGCCUUCCAGUCGUUUUCCGAGCUGGCGGGUACGAUGUUGGGCAGAGCCGUGGUGAACAAACACCGGGCGUAUGCCUUUCACCGGCCGUCAGCGCUGUGGAUUGCGAAUAUUCUUGUCGAUCAGGUCUUCGCUAGCACGCAAGUCUUCGUCUUUUCGGUGAUUGUCUACUUCAUGACGAAUCUUAGCCGGAGUGCUGGGGGGUUCUUCGUGUUCUAUCUCAUGUUGCUGAGCGGCAACAUUGCCAUGACGCUGUUUUUCCGUGUGAUCGGGUGUCUAAGCCCGGAUUUCGACUAUGCGGUCAAGUUUGCAACCGUUGGAAUUACGUUGAUGAUUACGACCAGUGGCUAUUUGAUCCAGUGGCAGAGUGUCUGGCUCCGGUGGAUUUACUACAUCAACGUCCUUGGUCUGAUCUUCAGUUCCUUGAUGGAAAACGAGUUUUCGCGGAUUGAUAUGACAUGUACAGCCGAGAGUUUGAUACCGUCGGGUCCUGGGUACGAUGAUAUCAACCAUCAGGUCUGCACGCUGCCUGGCUCCACGCCCGGUACGCUCGAGCUGUCCGGUUCAUCCUACAUUGAUCAAGGUUUCUCCUAUACGCCCGGUUUGCUGUGGCGCAACUGGGGUAUUGUCCUUGUUUUGAUGGCCUUCUUUCUCUUCGUGAAUAUUGUGGCUGGCGAAUAUGUACGCUUCGGCAUGGGUGGCAAUCAAGCCAAGGUCUUUCAGAAGCCCAACGCAGAGCGGAAGAAGUUGAACGAGGAACUGAUGGCCAAGAAGGAAGAGCGACGCAAAGCCAGGGCUGAGCAGUCAGAUUCGGAGCUCAAGAUCAAUUCGGAAAGCGUCCUAACGUGGGAAGGAUUGUGUUAUGAUGUGCCGGUGCCUGGCGGAACAAGACGACUGCUCGAUAACGUCUAUGGGUAUGUCAAGCCGGGUCAACUUACCGCUCUCAUGGGGGCAUCGGGUGCUGGCAAGACAACCCUCUUGGAUGUGUUGGCUGCGAGGAAGAACAUUGGUGUUAUUCACGGCGAUAUCUUGGUUGAUGGCGUGAAGCCAGGCAAAGAGUUCCAGCGCAGCACAUCGUACGCCGAGCAGCUUGAUGUCCACGACCCGACCCAGACUGUCCGCGAAGCCCUUCGGUUCUCGGCCGACUUACGCCAGCCCUUCGAGACCCCCCGUGAGGAGAAGUACACAUACGUGGAGGAGAUCAUUGCUCUGUUAGAAAUGGAGACGUUUGCGGAUGCGAUUAUUGGAUCACCCGAGGCUGGUCUUACCGUUGAGCAGCGCAAGAGAGUAACCAUCGGCGUUGAGCUUGCGGCCAAGCCUGAGCUGCUUUUGUUUCUCGACGAGCCGACCUCUGGCCUUGAUUCCCAAAGUGCCUUCAAUAUUGUUCGUUUCCUUCGCAAACUGGCUGCCGCUGGCCAGGCGAUUCUGUGUACUAUCCACCAGCCGAAUGCCGCCCUAUUUGAGAACUUUGAUCGUCUCCUCCUUCUCAAGAGCGGCGGUCGCUGCGUGUACUUUGGGGAUAUUGGAAAAGACGCCCACGUACUGCGCGACUAUCUGCGGCGGCACGGAGCCGAAGCCAAGCCCACCGACAAUGUUGCGGAGUUUAUGCUCGAAGCCAUCGGCGCCGGCUCUGCGCCCCGAAUCGGCUCGCGCGACUGGGCCGACAUCUGGGUUGACUCCCCUGAGCUCGCCAACGUCAAAGACACCAUCUCCCAGCUCAAGGAAUCCCGCAUUGCCUCGGCCACCGCAGCACAAAAGGACCCCUCCCUCGAGCGUGAGUAUGCCUCCCCUCUAUCCCACCAGCUCCGCGUCGUGGUCAAGCGCGCCAACCUCGCCCACUGGCGCACACCAAACUAUCUCUUCACCCGCGUCUUCAACCACGUCAUCAUCGCGCUGAUCACCGGCCUCACCUUCCUCUCCCUCACCUCCUCCCGGCAAUCCCUCCAAUACCGCGUCUUCGUCAUGUUCCAAAUCACCGUCCUCCCCGCCCUGAUCAUCGGCCAGAUCGAAGUCAUGUACCACCUCAAGCGCGUCCUCUUCUUCCGGGAACAAUCCUCAAAGAUGUACUCAUCCUUCGUCUUCGCCUCCUCCCUCCUCAUCGCGGAAAUCCCCUACUCCAUCCUCUGCGCCGUCCUCUUCUUCUUACCACUGUACUACCUCCCUGGCCUGCAGCCCGAGCCAGUAAGAGCAGGGUACCAAUUCCUCAUGAUCCUUAUCACGGAGUUUUUCUCUGUCACCAUGGGCCAGGCUCUUUCUGCACUGACACCAAGCUUGUUCAUCUCCUCCCAAUUCGACCCCUUCAUCUUUGUAACCUUUGCCCUCUUCUGCGGCGUCACCAUCCCGCCGCCUCAAAUGCCUGCCGGGUAUAGGACCUGGCUCUAUGAACUCAACCCCUUCACCCGUCUGAUUGGAGGAACAGUCGUCACUGCUCUCCACGACCUCCCCGUUAUUUGUCUCCCCGAAGAGCUCAACAACUUCACUGCGCCUAUCGGUCAGACUUGCUCCGAGUACAUGAGCAAUUUCUUCAGCAGGGGCGGCUCGGGAUAUUUAGUUGGCGGCGGCAACAACACAAGCGACUGCAGCUACUGCGCCUUUGAGGUGGGCAACGAGUUCUUUGAGCCGUUGGGUUUCUCGUACGACUACAGGUGGAGGGAUCUGGGGAUCUUUAUUGGGUUUAUUGGGAGUAACAUGGUUAUUCUCUUCUUGGCGGUAAGUUGCCUUGGCUUUUUUUUUUGGUCAAAGAAACACAUGCUGACCAGAGUGUUGUGCAGAGUCGAUUCCUAA